CAAGUGUGACGUCACGGAUCCAAAUCCCCAGCUCCCAAUGUAUACUGUAAUGAUAACAGCCAAUGUUCACGGUUGGAUUGUAAAACGCCUGCUAAGGUUACGAAGACACGGAACACAUCGUUGAAAAGACGAAACCACGCGGAUUCAUCUGCAUUUUAAAGUAAGUCGAUCAGACCUGUAUAUCUCAUUCAAUAAACUCCAUGAAAGUGCGACCAGCAAAAAGGACCCAGUGCUGUUUGUGCUAACGUUAGCCGCCGGCGGGAACAUAAACAGAAAUUCUAAACACAGUGAACGUUAACGACACGUAAUAUCUAGUGAUUGCUAUACGAAAAUGUCUACUGCUAAGGAGCCAGUCACAUUUUUCACCGUGACUUCGUAUUUCGCCAGCCAUCCGAAGUCAGUUAAAAAGGGACUGAACUCCUACAACUCAAAUAGAGUGAUUAGUGUCAAUGUUAUGUCAGGUGGCAGCUUGAAAGGAAAAGUGCAGGCGUCUAUGAAGAAAAAAGAAUAUGAGGUGGAGGUGCAUGUAGAGGAUCAGGAGGUGACGGACAGCAGGUGUACAUGUGCUGUUGGUCUAGCCAAGUGCCACCACAUUGCAGCCCUCCUCAUUUGGGCGGAGAAGAACAUGACCCGGACGGAUGUGGAGUGUGUGUGGAGAAGGCCUACAGCACCCAAAACAGAGGACGUUGUGGCCAAGAGGCUGUCUGUGAUGGCACCUUCGACAUCAAAAGCUGGAAUUAAGCGCCCAGUGACCGAAGAAGACAAAGGCUGGACAAGGCAGUCUUUGGCGCAAUUUGGGCGUUUCACAGGUCUGGGCUUUAUUUUAGCCCCAGAAAUACAUCAGGAAUUUGACCCAUCCCUACCAGAGAAACUAUUUGAUGGGAUACUGGCCAGUCAGGAGUACAGCGAUGCUCAAGACAAAGAGGACUUCAUCAUGACGUCUCUUGCUGUCAGCCAGCAACAAAAAGAAGCCAUCGAGAGGGCCACAGUUGGGCAGACGAGCAAUGCAUUAUGGGCAGCAUAUCGCAAGAAGAGGAUCACAGCGAGCAACUUUGGUUUGGUUUUGUCUGCAGUCAGAAGACAGUCUUUCCCACCUUCAUUGUUCAAGACACUGCUGGGAGAAUACAACCCCAAACAAGGAGCUCGUGCAUGUGAUUGGGGAAUCGUGCACGAGAAAGAGGCCAAAAAGAAGUUCAUGGAACAAAGUGGGGAGACCAUCCUGGAGAAGGGACUGUUCCUGUCUGACAGUGGGCUGCUUGGGGCCUCCCCAGAUGGACUUCUACUGUCCAGCAAUUACCUUGUGGAGGUGAAAUGCCCAUAUUCUGCCAGAGAGAAAACAAUCGCUCAGGCAGCAGAGGCAAAGGACUUUUACCUGUACGUGGACCAAGUCACCGGGCUAUUUAGGUUGAAGAACACCCACAACUACUGGCAUCAGAUUCAGGGCAACCUGCACCUGACAGAGGCUACCACCUGUCAUCUAGUUGUAUGGACAACUCAGGACAUGGCCAUUGUAGAGAUUAAAAAAGACCCAGCCUGGGUCAGCAAUCUUAAGGUCCUGGAAAAUUUUUUACAAGGACCAUUUUCUGCCCCGUGCUCUCUUCAAUAACAAAUAAAUGUUAACUUAUUGAACUUAUUUACUGAUAUGUGUCAUAUUUUUUUUACACAUUCUGAAAUCAGGGGUUAUGAAAGUC